GGGGAUCGCGGGUCGUCACGUAUAUCGCGUACCUGUCCGGCACCUGUCACAGCCGCGUAGGUGCUAGGGGUCGGUGCUUACUAACCUAAAAGUGUGCGAAGGGCGGCGCGUAGUCCCAAACAAGCGGAUCAACGUCGCCGCAGCGUCGCAGAGCUCCAGCUGCGAUUAUGCCUUCGGGGUGCGAAUAGCUCAUCGGCGGUUGACCGCUCUUUCAUUCGCCGCCUGCGCUCGGUUUAUCCUCCGUUGGUUUUCAAGGGGAAAGGAGGAAGCGUCGAUGGCAGCGUCACUUGUAUGGCUCUUGGCGUGAAAAUAUGGCCACUGUCUUCGAAAGUCCGUUCCUGUCGAGUAGGCUGCGCCAGAUAGAGGAGCGCUAUGAGGAACCAAGCACCUUUGGCAGCUGCGAUUGCACGAGCUAUAGUUAUCUCGCCCUAAGCGUGGUGCUCUUUACCAUGGGCUCGGCGAUUACGAUCCUCGCCCUGGGUGACGUGGCGGAUGGAUACGUCUUCUCCAACCUGGGGCACAUGUGGCUCGUCGGGCCGAUCUUCAUUUGCUCCGGGCUGAUGGUCGCGGUCAGAUGCAUGCUUUAUCUCAGGCGAAAGUCUGUCAUCCAGAUGCUCUUUCAUCAGCGACAGCUAUUCAGGCACUUACAGGAACUGGCGGGUGCUCAAGGUGUGAGUGGAUCUGGAACAGGAACUCCUGGACCGCCAUCAUACGAUGCGAUCACUCAGGGUCAGGGACCCAGUGAGCUGCCGCCUCCUUCAUACGCCGAAGCAGUUGCGUUGCUUCAACAGGCAGGCAUCCAUGAUGCAAAGCCAUGUUGUGGAACAGCACCAAGCAGCACGACGGAGGCCAGUGAGAUGGCACGUGGCAAGCCCUGAACCACUCUUGGACCACUCCAGGCUUCUCCGUUGUCUGUUCGCCUUCGAAGGGCAGUAGCAUUGGUCAGCAGGAAGUGGAACACACCCUGGCAACAACGGUGAGCAAUUUCAGAGGCAACAAGAGAGCAGGUACGACGCGCGCGCUGGCAAGGCCGAUGAGAGUUAUGCAAUAAGUUUAUUCCAGCUGGCUCGAUUGCCUCGCGGCACGUUAAAAACCAGAGUGGGGUAGAUUUUGUUCGCGAUUCAUUAGAAUACGAGAACAGCAGUUUUCAGGCUGGGAGGUUUAACACACCCAUUACCUCAGCAUCCUGAUAAGUGACGAUGCUGCACCCAGAGUGCCGUUGAGCAUUGCUCAGGGUGGACCUCUCUUAUUCUCUACUCCCGUUCUCUUUUCAUCGACCACGAGUCCGGAAACGUCAAGAGUGCUUCGCCUCUGUCAUCUUGCACCUGUCACUCCGGAACUGUCAAACUUAACCAGACUUGGCCUCUCUCUGGUCUUCUUUGGCUAAGAGGCAUCGGUGCUUGGUUUUAUUUCCUUUUUCUUUUAUUUUUCCCUUUUUCCACCGAUCUGGGCAGAAGUUUAGUGUUUCUCAUUGUUACCGGGUCUUGCAACAAUGCAGGCCGAUUGAUCGCACACAAUAACCAGGAAGCCAAGCCCCACUAGGAGAAUUUCUGACUCGGUCACAUUAUUGUCCAGCCUCCGAAUGAGUUCGCUAUGGCUGUGGCCUCUGCUUCGCAGCCCCUCGAUAUACCAAAUUGGGCUGGUGCUAUGUAUCGACAGUUAUGUUACGAUAAUUGUAUGUAAUAACGCGUUACGAUGGAUAUACAUAGGUAUAUAUAUAUACACACAUAUAUAUAGAGGUAUGUAAUAGAGAUAGGUUUACGUAGUUAGCCACGGGCCGGCGCCUCGUAUACUUAAUAGUAGGCAUUAACUGUACAAGCGUCUUGGUUUCCGCGACGUCGACUCUAUUAUCGCGUUUUCCUUCCUUUUCUUCUUUUUACUCCCUUCUUAUUUUAGCUGCACAAGGCUUUGCCACGACAGCGGGACAUAAUCAAAAGAAACCGCCCUCGGUGUCGCAAACGAAGCGCGAGUCGAACGAAUUUUCUGGAGAUUCUUUUUUUUUCUUUUUUUCAAUAGCCAAAUUUAGAAUCUUUGCGCCUUUUUUGCGACAUUUGGAGCGGACGAGUAGCCGAGGGAAAAAGAUACGUUUUAGCUGCGCAGGAUUUUGUCGAAAGAGAGGGACAUGACCAAAAAAAAGAGCCGCUUUUAAUGUCGCGACCAAAGUUCCCUCCGGUAAGUUCUUCUCGUUUCCUUUUACUCAAGACGUAUUUCGAGUUCCCGUGCUAUUCUAAGCGAAUUAAUAUAGAGUAAAGGAUAUGUUCUAGGUGCACAAGAUUUCGUCGAAACAGGGACAUGACUAAAAGAAAGAAGAGAAAAAGCCGCCUUCGAUGUCGCGACCUAAGCGUCAGUCAUUUUCUCGGCAAAUCCUCUAUUAUUGUUUUCUCGAAGUAGAAACAGUAAGUGCGCCUUUUUCUUCUUCUUCUUCUUUUUUUUUGCUGAAUUUUAUGCAAAUGAUCAGCAGAGGGGAAAAGCAUGUAACGGUGGAGUAGAGGAAAGUGGCGGAGUCCGGGGCUCUCUCGGUCGAUCGUUUCUUUUGCUUCUCCUUGAGAACCGGAACUCUCUCUCCCUCUUCCACUUCCGGUUCUCGAGGGCUCUCUUUUUCCGUCGUGGACUUAAGGCGAGGUGACUUAAGCGUCAACUUUGACCCCGAGAAACAGGAGAAAGGAAAAAAGGGGGACAAAAAAAAAAAGAAAAUUAAUAAACGACACUUGGUGCCUUACGAUCGACUGAUUAUAGGGACUCUUAGCGGGCCCCACCCGAGAGGAGAGAAUCGCCUGCACUUUGGCGAAGGAUUCGGAAGAGUUUCCUGAACUCUUUAACACGAAGGAGCACCAGGGAGGUGGACGAAUGCCGAAGAGAACGAUUUAGAAACUCUCCAUGUACGCGAAGUGAGUCUUAUAGAACAUCCAAAACGGGCUGAAUUUUCUAAAAUCAACCGCGAUGAUACAUUUCCCCUCGAAUGGGCCUUCGCGACAUUUAAUACCUGAUUUUGGAUAUAUAGAUAUUUUUUUUAAGACACCAUACCUAAAUCAUCACGAUUAAUAUCCCUUAAGGCGAUGCCAAAGUGGCGACAAAGCGGUCUCGUUUAUAAUACUUUUCUCCGGAUUGUUUGAAAUUUUAUAAUGCGAAUACAGGGGCUACAAGGAAGGUCCUGAC